CUCUCUUGGAUGACCUACACACCUCCAACCGUACGAGCGCCGCAUUAUGCAAAUAAAAUGUUAGACGCAUUGAACACUGUACCAGGAAGUAGUGGCUGAACCGAGAGAACAUCAGUCCUGCCAAAAGAGACUGGUUCCUCAUUCUGCUGCUUAGGUGAAGCAACAACAGACAAAUGAGGGUGAGAAGGUUGUAACGGGAAUUAUCCUGACAACUAUUCGCUUUAACUUCACGCGACAGGGCAGGCUGAUACCUAACAGGAAUCAUGGGUUGUAAAAAAUCCAAGCUGACCGAGGGCCAGAAUGGUGGCAUGCUCGAUAAAACACAACAGCCAGUACGUACUGACCAAACUGUAUAUGUGAGAGAUCCCACCUCCAGUAAGCCACAUACUAUAAAUGAUUCUGCUCCCUCCGGGUUGCUACCUGGUCAGGUUUUCCAGAUGGAAGAAAAGAAGGAGAGGGAUAAAAUCGUCAUAGCCUUGUACCCGUAUGAGGCUAUACAUGCCGAUGACUUGGGAUUCAAAAAGGGAGAGAAAAUGCGAGUUCUGGAGGAGCAUGGAGAAUGGUGGAAAGCCUGCUCUCUCACCACCAGAAAAGAGGGCUUCAUUCCUUCCAAUUAUGUGGCCCAAGCAGACACCAUGGAAAUGGAAGAAUGGUUCUUUAAGGAUAUAACCAGGAAGGAUGCAGAAAGGCAACUUUUGGCACCAGCAAACAAACCAGGAGCUUACCUCAUCCGUGAGAGUGAAACCUCAAAGGGAAGUUAUUCGCUCUCCAUCAGAGAUGUUGACAGCCAGGGCAUGGAUGCAGUCAAACACUACAAGAUCCGCAGCCUGGAUAAUGGAGGAUAUUAUAUCUCUCCGAAAAUCACCUUCCCAGAUAUCAGCAGCAUGAUCAAACAUUAUCACAAGCAACCAGACGGCCUGUGUCGUAAACUAGAGAAGUCCUGUGAUAAGCCCAAAGCUCAGAAGCCAUGGGAUAAAGAUGCGUGGGAAAUCUCCAAAGAGUCCAUCAAGAUGGUGAAGAAACUCGGAGCUGGCCAGUUUGGAGAGGUGUGGAUGGCAUAUUAUAACAACAGCACCAAAGUUGCUGUGAAGACUUUGAAGCCAGGCACCAUGUCUGUUGAGGCCUUCCUUGAGGAAGCCAACCUGAUGAAGACUCUACAGCAUGACCGACUGGUGCGCCUCUACGCUGUGGUCACCAAGAUCGAGCCCAUCUACAUCAUCACUGAGUACAUGGCCAAUGGGAGCCUUUUGGAUUUCUUAAAAAGUGAUACCGGCUGCAGAUUACAGCUCCCUAAGCUAAUAGACUUCUCUGCUCAGAUAGCUGAGGGCAUGGCUUACAUUGAGAAGAAAAACUACAUCCAUCGGGAUCUGAGGGCUGCUAACGUGUUAGUUUCGGAAAGCCUGCUCUGUAAAAUCGCUGAUUUCGGUCUGGCUAGAGUUAUUGAGGAUGACCAGUAUACUGCCAGAGAAGGAGCCAAGUUCCCGAUUAAGUGGACGGCCCCUGAGGCCAUUAACUAUGGCUCCUUCACAAUCAAGUCUGACAUGUGGUCAUUCGGCGUCCUCCUCUAUGAAAUCAUCACUUUUGGAAAGAUCCCUUACCCAGGCAUGAGUAAUGGAGAAGUCAUGACGUCUGUCCAGAGAGGUUACCGCAUGCCCAAACCCGAGAACUGCCCGGGUGAGCUCUACGAGAUCAUGACAAGCUGUUGGAAGGACAAGCCUGAUGACAGGCCCACCUUUGACUACAUGCAGAGUGUCCUGGAUGACUUCUACACAGCGACGGAGGGACAGUACCAGCAGCAGCCCUGAGAGGGGCAUCAUGGCGGGCAUCACAGGGGCCGCCAGGGCAAAAAUGAUCCACCCAGACUGAAAUGAAAUGAACAAACAUGACCUGGACGUGAUAGGUGUUCAGAGCUUUAUGGGUGCCAAUACAACUUGCUUGCUUUUUAAAAAAAAAAAAAAAAAAGGCAAGCUUUGAUGUAUUGUCUGUUGUACUUCAAAUUGAAGAUAUCUUUUUUUUUUUUUUUUUCUCGAGCUUGUACAGUAUAUGUGGUCAUGUUGAAGCCCUCAGGACAAUACGGAGAAAUAAUGCCUUUUUUCAGACCAACCUUGAACCCAUCUCUCAAACAUCUCUGUUGACUCUCUGUGGAUCAAUGACAUUGUCAUCUUGGUCUAGAACAAAGCAGCUAUCAGAAUAUACAGCGUCAGAUUUAUUAGCUACAUUUUUUUUUUAUAACAGGUAGGAAUAAGAGUUGUCUAAUGACAACAUAUUUGUAAAUCACCCUAAAACUGUGAAUGGUAGCUUUAGUUCUACAAAUGCUGUAUGCAGAGUUAAGGGGCCAUUGCAGAAUUGUGUAUAGUGAAAUAAAGUGAAGUAGUGAAAUAAAGACCUAACAGACUUGCUUUCUAUAAAAAGAAUACUCAACACUGAUUGAUUAAAACUAGUUAAUUUGCUGACUGAUGUGCAAACUGUAUUUUAAUAAUUUAAUCAGUGACAUCCUAUACAUUUCCAACCAGAAUACCUGGUGCAGGGACUGCCAGGUGUGUCUGGGUCUCCUUCAGAUAACCAUGUAUCCUACUGAAUUUACAAACUAGCUGUCAACUGAAACAUGGCAUUAAGAAAAUUAAACUAUACAUAAGUAUGAGUUGGUCUUAAUCAAGAAAGUUAAUAGGCUUUUAUUCCUUUCUUUUUACUCUUGUUUCAUCAUUGAAUCAAUAGCACUUUGUACACAUGUCAUUUGUAUCUGUAGAAUCAGUGUCUUAUUGCUGAAUAUGUGUCGGUACAUUGUAUACUAUUGUAUAACUAAUGAUUUCAUGUUAUGUUAAACUAUUGUACAGAUUAAAGAGCAUAGCCUAGA